CUACCCUUCACAUAACUUUCUCGUCUCCUAGUUACUCUUUUGCUUUCUCUUACCCUUAGAGGAUGGAGUUGGGUUUGGCUUCAAAAGAUGCAACCUGGUGGGUUUUUACUUUUCCAGCUUUCUUCGGAUCCAAAAUCCUUCUUGAUGUCUAUGUUAUAUUUUCCCUCUUUAUGGCUUUUCUGUCUGUUUCCCUUCUUUCUUGGGCUUUUGCUGUCGGUGGAAUUGCAUGGAAAAAUGGAAGGAACCAACAAGGUAGGCUUCCUAUUCCUGGUCCUAGGGGUGUCCCUAUAUUUGGUAGCCUCUUUACUUUGAGUCGUGGCUUGGCUCACCGUUCUCUUGCAGCCAUGGCUUGGACACGGGCCAACACUAAGCUCAUGGCUUUUAGCGUCGGUUCCACCCCUGUCGUUGUAGCUUCUGAUCCCCACACUGCUCGAGAAAUCUUGACCUCCCCUCACUUCGCUGACCGACCCAUCAAGCAGUCGGCUAAGAGUCUCAUGUUCAACCGAGCCAUGGGUUUCGCUCCGAAUGGAACCUAUUGGCGGCUUUUAAGAAGAAUAGCUUCUUCCCACCUCUUUUCACCAAAACGCAUAAUAGCACACGAAGACGGUCGCCAGCUAGACUGUACUAUCAUGCUGCGCAACAUAGCAAACGAACAGAAAGUUCUUGGCUUUGUUUCCUUAAGAAAACACCUUCAGUUUGCUGCUUUGAACAAUAUUAUGGGAAGUGUUUUUGGCAAAAGAUAUGACCAGAUAAAAGAUAGCGAAGAACUGGAAGAGCUUAGGGAUAUGGUAAAAGAGGGGUUUGAACUCUUGGGAGCUUUUAAUUGGUCUGAUUAUUUGCCAUGGCUAAGUUAUUUUUAUGACCCCUUCCGCAUCAAUCAACGUUGCUUGAAACUCGUUCCCCGAGUUAGAAAACUCGUCAAAGGUAUCAUUGAAAAACACCGACUCAGUGAGUCCAAAAGGCUGUCUGAUAGUGCUGAUUUUGUUGAUGUUUUGGUCUCUCUUGAUGGUGAAGAAAAACUCCAAGAAGAGGAUAUGGUUGCUGUUUUAUGGGAAAUGAUUUUCAGAGGAACUGAUACGACUGCUUUGUUAACGGAGUGGGUCAUGGCUGAGUUGGUGUUGCACCCGGAAGUACAAGCCAAGCUUCAACUUGAGAUCGACAGUGCCGUGACAAACAAAACCCUAACCGACGCUGACAUGGCAAAAUUACCUUACCUUCAGGCUGUGGUCAAAGAAACCCUAAGGAUCCAUCCCCCAGGGCCACUCCUCUCGUGGGCCAGGCUGUCCACCUCAGACGUCCAGCUCAGCAACGGGAUGCUGGUUCCCGCGAACACAACGGCUAUGGUGAACAUGUGGGCAAUAACCCAUGACCCGCGCGUGUGGGAGGACCCACUGGAGUUCAAGCCCGAGAGGUUCCUGGAAGCGGAUGUGGACGUCAGGGGUGGUGACUUGAGGCUGGCACCCUUCGGCGCUGGUCGCAGGGUUUGCCCUGGGAAGAACCUUGGGCUCGUCACGGUUAACCUUUGGGUGGCUAAGUUGGUGCAGCAUUUCAAGUGGGUUCAGGAUUUGUGUGGUCACCCCGUUGAUCUGAGCGAGGUUCUGAAGCUGUCAUGUGAAAUGAAGUUCCCUUUGCAUGCCCUCGCUGUGGAAAGAGAUGGUACCGUUUUGCCUUAG